UCUCAAAACAAUUGGGGGGAAAUUAGGGUUCUGAGUUGUCUUCAUUCUACAGAAUGUCCAGCACUCCUGAAGACUUCUCUCAAUUCGACAUUUCAGAACAGGAAAAGGACAAACUAGUUGGGGAAGUCAUCCGCUACAUACUAUUCAAGACGGAGCAAAAUUCAGGGUGCCCAAUUAAAAGGGAGGAAUUGACUCAGUUGAUUACUGGUAAAAAUUAUAGACAGAGAAAUCUGCCAGCUUUUGUGAUCAAUGAAGCGAAGACUAAACUCUCCUCGAUUUUUGGGUACGAAAUGAGGGAACUCCAACGGUCCCGGUUCUCCACUUCAUCUCACCAUAGCCGUGCAUUCCAAUCUCAACAAUCCGUUGCUGAUGCAAAAUCAUAUAUAAUAAUAAGUCAACUCCCUGCUGAUGCCUACAGAAAAUAUGUUGAGGAUGCAAAUAAAUCACAAGUAACUGGUUUUACUUUUGUUGUCAUUAGUAUUAUUCAUGUGGCCGGAGGAAAAAUUGCAGAAGAAAGUCUUUGGCAUCAUUUGAGGCGGUUAGGAUUGUAUGAAAAUGAGGAAAGCCAUCCAAUCCUUGGAAACGUCAAACUGGCUUUAGAAGGGCUUGUCCAACAAAGAUAUUUGCAGAAAGAAAAAGUUAAUGGCCCUGAAGGCAGUACUUUAUAUUAUGAGCUUGCUGAGAGAGCUCUAGAUGGAGCACUUGGUGAUAGAAUAAAAGAAUAUGUUUCUCAGAUUGUGCAAAAAGACUUCACCUCAUUGGGAGCUGAUUAGCAUGCCAUUUUUUGCUCCAAGGUGUGUUUUUCACUCUUUUAAUUAUUCUCAAGCAGACUGUUUCAGAUUUCUUAUUAUUUGGUAGAAUAUUACAAUUUAAGAGAGUUGAACCUUGAUGAACAUCCAGACUUCAAUUGUAUAAAGACACAUCCACCAUCGACUCCAUUUUGGCUGAUUUGAGUCACUGUGGUUUGCUGUAUUAUAUUCUCCGCAGCACUUUGUCAUUAGUGAAUCUAUAUUUAUGUUUUGUAGUUGAACAGUUAAACUUUUGUUAUCGGUUAAACAUCUAUCUAUGAUGCAGUUUUUAGGUUGUGAACAUGAUCUUUUAGAUUGUAAUACAAUCAAGAUUCAGUCAGUUUGGUAAGCAGUGCACCCUGCUUCUGAAAAAUGAUAACCUUAAUUUCUGCAAA